UGGCAUAUAUCGAUUGACUUUUCUUUCCUCCCUUCCUUUUCCUUUUUGUCGGGUUCUUUUCCUCGUCUCGUCGAGAUGGCGGAUCUCAACGAGAGCCAGCAGCCGCAACUUCGGCGGGAGACGAUUGCGGUGACGGUUCUAGCAGCCGUGUUUGUGAUUCUGCGGUUCAUUUCUCGGUUCAAGAAGGGUCUCAACUUUGGCAUCGAUGAUUACACGAUCGUGCUGGCAUUGGUAGGCGGUUCUCGUCUGGUGGAAAAGAGUUUUUUUCAGACCAGACUGACCACGUUUAAUAGGUGUUUCUCUUCGCCGAUGCGGGUUUCAACCUGGCCUGUAGGACAGUCCAUAUAUCUGCAAGCAGAGAGAGCUUUUGACUAA